UCCGGGGAAUGAGGUUUAUUGGGGGGGAUCCAUGGGAUUUCCCCGAGGUGAUCUAUUCCUGUGGGAUUCCGGCAUAAUGGGUUCCGUGGGAGCUCCUCAGAUGGGUUUGCGGGGUGAGCGAUCCCAAAUCCCACAGGAAUCCAGGGAUAACGGGUACCAGGGGUUUUCCAGGGGGAUCCAUCCCUGCAUCCCGCAGGAAUUAGGGGACAACGAGUCCCAUAGGAAUCCCUCAGUGGGGUUCCAUUGUUCCCAAUCCCACAUUCCCAACAUUCCCACACAAAUCUGGGAACGACGAGCACCACGGGGAUCCCUCAGUGGGGUUCCCAAACCCACAUUCCCAAUAUUCCUACACAAAUCUGGGAACGACGAGCACCACGGGGAUCCUUCAGUGGAGUUCCACAGCUCCCACAUUCCCAACAUUCCCACAGGAGUCCGAGGACCCUUGGUGGGGUUCCCAAUCCCACAUUCCCAACAUUCCCACAGAAAUCCGGGGACAACGAGCACCACGGGGAUCCCUCAGUGGGGUUCCACAGCUCCCAGUCCCACAUUCCCAACGUUCCCAACGCUCCCGCAGGAAUCCGGGGACGACGAGUACCGCGGGGAGCACUCGGACAGCGAUGACGAGGUGGACUCGGACUUUGACAUCGACGAGGGCGACGAGCCGGGCUCGGAGCAGGACGAGGCCGAGCCCCGGCGCCGCCGCCGCGUCCUCACCAAGGCCUACCGGGAGCCGCUCAAGAGCCUCCGGGCUAAGAAGGCGGAGGGGCCGCGGGGAGGAUCCCAGAAAAGUAGGGAGGUGAAAUCCUUGCCUUUGGAGCUGCAGGAGGAUGUGGGAGACAGCCGGAAGCACAUGCGGCAAUCCACCACGGAGCACACCCGGCAGACGUUCCUGCGGCUCCAGGAGCGCCAGGUGCAAUCCAAGAGGAAAAAGGGAGGCACCAGCUACGAGCGACCCCUGACCCAGGAGGAGCUGCUGGAGGAGGCCAAGAUCACCGAGGAGAUCAACCUGCGCUCCCUGGAGAACUACGAGCGGCUGGAGGCCGACAAGAAGAAGCAGGUGCAGAAGAAGAGGAAGAUCGUGGGCCCCGUGAUCCGCUACUGGUCCCUGACCAUGCCCCUCCUGCCCGAGCCCGGCCGCGACGACCCCGUGGACGUCGAGGGGCUGGACCCCGACUCCCACCCCACAACAUCCCCUCCAUCCCCGGGGAAAUGCUCUCGCACCUUCAUCUCCUUCAGCGACGACGCCACCUUCGAGCGCUGCUUCCCCAAAUCCAAACCUCCGAGGCUCCCGGUUCGGGAGCUGUGCCCUGUCACCCACAAACCGGCUCUUUACCGGGACCCCAUCACCGACAUCCCCUACUCCAACGCCCGCGCCUUCCGCAUCAUCCGCGAGGCCUACAGGAAGUACAUCACUGCCCACGGGCUGCCCAGCGCCGCCGCCGCCGCCAUGGCGGGGCCCGGAGAGAGCCCCGGGGCGCGGCCGGGGAGGCAGAAAAUCGUCAUCAAACAGAGCGUUCCCAGUGCCUGAAAUCCUGGGGAUUUGGGGUGUUGGGAUUUUUGGGAUUUUGGGAUUGACAGCGGUGAUGGUUCCGUUGAGGGGUUCCCGUUCAAAAUGGCAGAAAAUCGUCAUCAAACGGAGCGUUCCCAGUGCCUGAAAUCCUGGGAUUUGGGGUGCUGGGAUUUUUGGGAUUUUGGGAUUGACAGCGGUGAUGGUUCCGUUGAGGGGUUCCCGUUCAAAAUGGCAGAAAAUCGUCAUCAAACGGAGCGUUCCCCGUGCCUCAAAUCCUGGGAUUUGGGGUGCUGGGAUUUUGGGAUUUGGGGUGUUGGGACAUGGGACCGUCCGGGCUCCGCGUCGUUCCCGGAGUGGCAAAAAUUCCUCAUCAAACUGAUCUUUCCCAGUGCCUGAAAUCCUGGGGAUUUGGGGUGUUGGGAUUUUUGGGAUUUUGGGAUUGACAGCGGUGAUGGUUCCGUUGAGGGGUUCCCGUUCAAAAUGGCAGAAAAUCGUCAUCAAACGGAGCGUUCCCAGUGCCUGAAAUCCUGGGAUUUGGGGUGCUGGGAUUUUGGGAUUUGGGGUGUUGGGACAUGGGACCGUCCGGGCUCCGCGUCGUUCCCGGAGUGGCAAAAAUUCCUCAUCAAACGGA